GGCGGGGCUUGCGUGUGUCAGAGACGUAUGUAAACAGCUAGCAUGCGUGCUAGCAGCUAGCGUCGGCGCAGAUACCGAACCAGCUCCUUGUGUCGGAGAGAUCUGACAUGACAUCUGCUGACUGAAUACAUUGAAAAAUCCUUCAGCCCCUGUGUUCCCAGUAGGCACUUAUUGUCGCUCUUUGUAUUUGCUGUGUGUAAGAUCAACAGUCCUCAAUUCAAAAUUAGCCUUUGACCUGCGCUGGAAACCGUUGUCAUGUCCAGUUUCAUGUAGGAAGCUCAUUUAGUUCUGAAACCCUGAGCUGCUGGAAUGCACAUUUGCAAAUAAGGGUUUCUUCCAAGGGUUUCCUGGUGGUCAUGUUGGAAAAUCAGAGGCUACCUGUCGCUUCAACAUCAUCAGCUUUAUUUUCAAUCUGACCCCCUGGCUCCAAGAAUGUGGUGACCCCAGGAAGGCCUUUAUUUUUGUAUUUAUUUUUUAAAUGCUGUAGUAGAAGUCCCAAGCUCCUAUUUAAAAAUACCUAGUGUAAACACAGAGCUUGUGUGUGCCUUGUGAAGCUGCUACAUCUUGUUUUGUCAGCAUUUGACGGUCGGCAGAUCAUGGCAGAAUCUCCCCCACAGCCGCCAGCCACAGCAGACCUGCUGAUGGAACGCAGGACAGAAGAGCAAUCUAUCAGCACAGAAAGCUUUUCCAAAGACCUGAUGGUAACUGGGACAACGGCGGGGUCAGAUCUUGGAGCUGGAGUCCCAAGAAGCAAUGGCACUGCCAACAGCACUUUUCCCGCCAACGUGUCGGAGGAAGAAGCCACACCCACGCCACCGGAGUCAUCGCCAAGCUUGUCAUCUGAAAAUGAAACUAUGACUGUUGUUACCACAGAGGAUGAAACUCUAUCAGUUCUGCUCAGACAGAACAAGAUUGAAGGAAGACCAGACAGAGGAGGAGAACAAGACCUGGACUUAGACCUGGAGGAGAGCUCCUCAGUGAUGACAGGUGGUGGCUCUGAUGAUCAGCAGGAAUCCACCGACUCUGCGUCAUUCUCCAUCCCGAGUUUCGAGCUCUCAGACGGAGUUUCAGCUGCAGGAAAUUCUUUAGACACAGAGGAAGGCUUGUCUUCAUCCCACUUAGCCCUGGGUGUUGAGGGCUGCUCCCCAUGCGCUGACAUUCCAAGUCUGAAGGAGGAGGAGGCGGUUGAAGCUGAUGGAGGUGCAGAUGUUUCUGCAGCUGCUGCUCCCGAGCCCGAGCCCGGUGCUUCUGCUGCAGCUGCUGCCGUCCCAGAGCCCAGGCCCUCCAUGCCGGCAUAUUACCUAGUGAAAUGGAUCACAUGGAAGGAGAAGAAGACCCCCAUCAUCACUCAGAGUGAGAACGGACCCUGCCCCCUGCUGGCCAUUAUGAACACGCUCUUUCUGCGCUGGAAGGCAAAGCUUCCUGCUCAGACUGAAGUGGUCACCGCUGAGGAGCUGAUGGCUCACCUCGGGGAGUGUGUUUUGUCAGUCACUCCGAGAGAAAAGACUAAUGGCAUGGAGCUCAACUUCCAGCAGAACAUGAGCGACGCCAUGGCUGUCCUUCCAAAGCUGUCCACAGGCCUGGACGUUAACGUGCGCUUCACUGGAGUCACGGACUUCGAGUACACACCGGAGUGCAUCGUGUUCGAUCUCCUGGACAUCCCGCUGUACCACGGCUGGCUGGUCGACCCACAGAGUCCAGAGAUGGUGACUGCUGUCGGGAAGCUGAGUUACAACCAGCUGGUGGAGAAAAUCAUUGACUACAAGCACUCUGCAGAUAGCAGCCGAGUCAGCGAAGGGCUGGUGGCAGAGCAGUUUCUGGAGUCGACAGCGACUCAGCUGUCGUAUCACGGUCUGUGUGAACUCAACACAACGGCCACAGAGGGAGAGAUCUCCGUUUUCUUCAGAAAUAACCACUUCAGUACCAUGAUCAAGCACAAGGGCCACCUGUACCUGCUGGUGACGGACCAGGGCUUCCUGCAGGAGGAGGGCUUGGUCUGGGAGUCUCUUCAUAACGUAGAAGGAGAUGGAAACUUUUGCGACUCAGACUUCAGGCUGUGUCACCCUCCUCAGAGAACUCCAUCCACCUCCCAGCUGGCCCCCGGCACCCAGGAGCAGCAGCGGCAGAUCGACCAGGAUUACCUGGUAGCGGUGUCGCUGCAGCAGCAGCAAGGCAGUGUCCCAGGACCUCUAAGUGACCUGGAGUUGGCCCGGCAGCUCCAGCAGGAGGAGUACCAGCAGCAGCAGCAGCAGCAGCAGCAACAACAGCAGCAGCAGCAGCAGCAGCAGCAACAACAGCAGCAGCAGCCAGCGGGAUCCAUGCAGACACAACCGCAGGUCAGAGGUCAGAGCUCCCAACAAGCCAGAAGAAGAGAUAAAGACUCGGACUGUGUCAUCCUAUAGGCUCUUCAUCAUCGUCUUCUGCAAAGCGAUGAAAGCCCAGAGUCCAGUGUGUCUGUAGCGGGGAGGUCACACACACGCAAAACACACACACACACACAGGGACACACCGAGUCAACUUGUUGCCAAACCUCCUGUGCUUUUGUCCGGCAGGUCACAGUUUGUUUCAGACGUAACUCCAGUCUGUGGAGUUGCAAGAUCUAAACAGUGGAGUCUGGUGACGGGAAACCUCCGACUAACAAAUCAGCCUUCACGAAGGGCUCGUCAAAGUAACUGAGGUCCUUGUUUAUCGUCAAUAAAUUCAUUAGAUGCUGCUUUUAGACCCGUUUCUAGUCAUUAAUGAGGAUUUUGUGUCCCUAACGAUCAAAGAAUUCCCCUCUGGUGAGCCAAGUAUAAACUGUAAAAAAAAAAAAAAAAAAAAAGACAUACAGUUUAUUGUAUUGGGGAAUAGAGUUGAUCCAAUACCAGUACUGGAAAUACUCCCAGAAAUAAGGGUAUCGGGGAGAAUUUGCAUCUCUGCACCAUCCAAUACCAUGUACCCUGUUAUUUUAGGCUGGAAAAUCCUACCAGGAAAAGUGUAAUAUGCUGCUUGUCCAAGGCUGUGGUUUCCAGACUAAAACAACCACCGUCCUGGAGGGUCGGCCUCCGUUGGUCCUGCAGAAUCACAUCUGAAAAACUCUAACACUGCUCUCUAUUUAAUAAUUAUUCUGAUGUUAAUUAAGCAAAAUACCUGAUACCCAACACCCAAAUAUUGGCUCAUUAUUUAAAUUUCCAGAUGGAUGUAAAUGAUCAGACUUUGUGUCUGCAAUGACAAGUUCAUGAAAUUAGACGUUUGGUUUUAAAGACUUGAGGAGUUUUGUGAGACAUAGGUGAAGUACUUGACAUGUUGCAGCACUUUAUUUUAUCCGGGCUGUUUCCCAUUGAUGUGUCUGUGGGUCAUGUGAAGGAAAAUCACACACUAAAAUUAUAUUUUAAUGCCUUUUUAAAAAAGGCAUUAAAGAUUCUUGUUGAAAAACUUGAAUUUUAUCAAGUGAUGGAGCCUUUUUGAGAUGGAGGAUGUUAUAAUCUCAUCUUCAUAUGUGAUGUUUGUUGAGAUGUUUCCUUCUCUGAGACUCUUAACAGUGCCCUCUGCUGACAUUGAUCCAUUUCCAGUGAUCAGUUUUUAAUGUAGAUUGAAGCUGAAAGUUGAAAAGAAUAUAAUAAAUUAUAUAAAGAGAAAAUCUCAGUUUAAAUUGCAUUAAAAAUAUUUUUUUGAUUCAUGUGUACGAUCCCCAGAUGAACCGGUGCUCCAUUUUCACUGAAACGAUCUUGGUAUCUGAUUAACAAACAUCUUUAAAAUGUUUUGUGAAGUUUUACCACAGUAACAUAAAAGCUUUUAUUAGCAGUAGGCAGCAAAUCUCACCAUCAAACAUGAGAUGUACUGGUGUCAAUGUAAACCUUUUUAAAACAAAACAAAGCCAAAAAAAAAUGCAAUUAACAAAAAAAUAAUUAAAAAUAUGAAGCAAUUUUCUUUGGGCAGAGACUGGGUAAAAUGUGCUCAAAGAAUGUGUUGAUUCAGUAAUGAGAUUCAAAAGUAACCAUGUUUGUGAUAUUUUUGGAUAAUUUUGAUGGCUAUUCUGAUUCAACGGCUUCAGACAUGUGACUUUACAGCUGCAGUGCUAAUGAAAAUUUUAGUUUGUGGCCCAUAAACACUGAAAACAAGAACAAAAAGAAAUCCCCAAGUCCAUGCAGUGCUGCAGUAAUUCAAUAAAGAUUCAAAUAAAACAAAAACUCUCCUCUAAUGAAUCAUUGACGCUGGCACAGAUUCUCAGUUAUCCAGGUCUGGUUGAUCCUGAAAAGUUUGAGAAGGCAGCGGGUCAUCUCGUCAACAUUUCCCCCGUCAUCUGAAACAGCUGCCGUUAUUCCUGGGUUAUCCUGUGGGUUGUCUGGGGCACGGUGGAUUGUUGAAAUGUUUUGGUCACGUGACUCGGGGUCUGACAGGAAGUGAGACUUCUGGGGAGAAUAAAGGCUGCAUUGUCAAGUGUCCGGCAGGUAAACCUUGAAGCUCCUCAUGUAGAUGAACAUCUUACAAUGAUCCUGAUGACCCACAGGAGGAAGAAAUGACUCGUCCAUGAAUUUAAUACAUUCAUGCCAACUUGGAGAUAAAAAAUUUAAAAAAACUUGCUCCGUUACACUUCCUACUUUCUUUUCUUUGUUUUUAUUUACUCCCAAUUUCUACUGCAACAGUAUUUUAUUUUUUUUCCUUGGGGAUCAAUAAAGUGUUCAGUUUCCAGUAGGGUUUGGAUGCUCAUGUGCUUUCAUGUGGAUAGAAAUAUUUUCUGACACAGUUUAAACACUAACAUGGAUGUGCAAUAGUUUUAGUUUUGGAAGGAAGCCACAUUAGUGUGUCGGUAUCCUGAAACUCCUUGUUGAGGCUUUUUAAACCUUUUUAAAUGUAGAACAGCAGCAAAACAAGCCUUACUUAGUCUCCUUAUUUUGACUGUGCCUCAAUAGGGUAAUUAAGAUAGUCAUUAUGUAGAUUUCUGUACCUCAUGAUGGUGAUUCAUAGCUAGUCGUUUGCUGGUUUCUGUUUUUGUUUUGUUUGGUUUUCCUUGUAGACUCCGUUAAGCCUCAAUACAUUUAAACAUAUGCUGUGGAAGCAAAGAAAAAUAAAUGUGUGCUUUCCAAAGACAAAUUAAACCUUGGGAUGUAAUUGCUGACUUUCAGAUGGUUUCUCUUUUGGUGACUCAUCUUGAUUUAUGAAUGUCUUUAGAGCCACAAGUUUUCUGAUCAGCACAGCAGGUUAGCAUCAUCAGUUCCUCCUAAACGUUUCCACUUCUGCCUGCCACUCUUUCAGGUCGUACCAGAUCUUUGUUUUAUCAUUCCGGUGGUUUAUUUUAAUUUAAAUAUUUUUUCCUACAAAAUCAAGGUCCUUUUUUCUCUCUCUGACUGUUUGACCUUUGCCAAGCUUUGUUCAAGCUGUGUUUAAUUUGCCAUGAUGUUAAAUUGUUAAUAACAGAAUAUUCAUACA